CCCUUUUUUUUUUUUCAAAUUCUCUCUUCCUUCUCCGAGGAGGGAAUUGAAAUUAAAGGCCUCCCCACAGACGAAUAUCUAAACUUGAUUCCCUUCCCAGUUUUGGUUCAGAAAGUUGGAAUCUUUUUUGUGUUGCUUUUCCAAUAUUUGGACAGAGAGAGACAAUGGUGGGAUUGUUUUAAAGGAGUGGAUAUUCUCUUCUUGGCCUUAAUCAGAAUCCGUGUGAGAUCUGGAAUCUCCGAAUCAGGUUGAGUUUUGCCACCUCUGUUUCAAACCGACGACGGAAACUCAAGAAUUCAGUCGGCACAAGCAAAAGAAUCAAGCGUACAGGUAUCACGAUUUGUUGGUGUUUGUGUAAACGUAAGGGAAAUUGAAGACCGGGGAUUGCCGACAUACAUACAAGAGAAAGUCUUCAGGUUUUAGGGAAAUAAUGGAUUUCUGGCCGGAGUUCCUUGCGAGCAGCUCGGGGAAAGAAUUUGUGGGUGGAGGAUUCGGGGGCAUGGCUGGGAUAAUCUCUGGUUAUCCGCUUGACACACUCAGGAUUCGGCAACAGAGCUCAAAAUCAGGCUCCGCCCUGAGCAUGCUCCGCAGCGUGGUGGCUACUGAAGGGCCCUGUGCGCUUUACCGAGGCAUGGCGGCGCCAUUGGCAUCAGUCACCUUCCAGAAUGCUAUGGUUUUCCAGAUAUAUGCCAUUCUGUCGCGAGCAUUUGACUCUUCUGUUUCUGCCAAUGAUCCUCCAUCCUACCAAAGUGUUGCUUUAGCAGGAGUUGGCACUGGAGCCUUACAGAGCAUUCUGCUGUCCCCAGUUGAACUUGUUAAAAUCCGUCUUCAGUUGCAGAAUAGAGGUCCUACAACCCUUCAUCCUACUGCUUCUCAUAGAGGUCCUAUUAGUGUUGCGAAAAGCAUAUGGAGAACAGAAGGCUUGAGGGGAAUAUACCGGGGAUUUACCAUCACAGUCCUCAGAGAUGCACCAGCUCAUGGCUUCUACUUCUGGACGUAUGAAUAUGCUAGAGAGAAGCUCCACCCGGGUUGUAGAAAGAUGGGCGACGAGAGCCUUAGAACAAUGCUGGUGGCAGGAGGGUUAGGAGGGGUAGCUAGCUGGAUCAGCUGUUAUCCCCUGGAUGUUGUGAAAACCAGACUGCAAGCUCAGUCACUAUCUUCCCCACGGAAGUACAAUGGCAUUAUUGAUUGCCUCAAAAAAAGUGUGAAGCAGGAGGGGUCUGGUGUGCUCUGGCGAGGAUUAGGAACUGCUGUUGCUAGAGCUUUUGUGGUGAAUGGAGCUGUCUUUGCUGCUUAUGAGACUACAUUGAGGUGUUUGUUCAAUAAUGGAAGCAUCCAAACAGAAAACACAUUUUGAAAGAAACUGCAUUUUUAUUUUUUGAAUAAGUCACAUAUAUUAUGUGUAAUAACGUAUUCAUAAUUUAGCAGCAAAAAUAACGGGAACUCAUAAUGUCACAUUGUCGCUGGCAAGGUUACUUGAUGUGAUAAACAUUUGUUUUCCGGAGAGAAGCAAUUGAAUUGGAGACCCAUGUCGCAAGAUUUUCUUUUUCUCGAGUUUAUUUGCCACUUCAGCUUCUUUAAAGGUUCUAUGCCUCUUUCGCCUUCUUUAUUGCACUUUUCCCUGCGCCUUUUGCUGGACAAGAGACAACAAAUGCAGUCACAUGAAGUUGCUUGUUAUUUACUUAAAUGCACCACCGGCCAUGCAAGAUCUGAAGAAAGAUGCGAGUCCUGUGACAGUCGGCAGAUAUGGGUACUUGGAAUUCAGAGAAGGCGUAAUUGCAUUGUCAAGAGUCUCCAUGACCAUGCCUCUCACUGCAGAAUUGCACAUCAAGGGGCCUUUGCCUGUCUGUCCAUUAGCCUAAUCUCUGCCAUUAGAUGGUGUGGAUCCACCAUAUGGACCAGAGAAAAAGAUUUAAACAAGAAAAUUCAAUUUAACCCUCCAAGGCUGAAAGUCUGGAACUUUGUAUUAAACCAAACCCUCAAAUUCCCUUGUAUUAGGGAACCUAUACUUGCUUAUCCGUACACAACAGUAUGAAGGUGGGCGGAUUUGCUUGAAAUUAAGUUAAAUGUAUUCCAUUAUGUUCAGGCUGUACCUAACCUCAGAUCAGAUAACAAUUUGAAUUCCAGAUUAUGACUCACCUUUUUAUCAAUCUCAUCAAUAAACUUUGACAAUUCCA